AUGUCAAGCGCGAGCCCAUCAACAACAAGCUCCGCUGGAGGCGCAUUGAUCUCCAACGGAAGCGGCAGCGAUAAUGGCGGAGGAGGGGGCGGCGGAACGUCUUCCUCGCUCUAUCUCUUCACCUUCCUUGCGACUUUGCUACUCCUACUUUGUGUCUCCUCAGCCAUCAUCCUGCGCUCCUUCAUCCUGCGCCGUCGCUUCCGUCGGCACGUCGAAGAAGCGUUCUACGCCGGCGUAUGGGCAGGAGGCGACGUACCGCCCGGGUUCCCAGGCGCAGGAACGAAGCGACCGAACGUUGUUGGGCCCAGGCCAGUGAUGUUCGAUGCGUAUGCCCCCAGUGGGGAGAGGAAGGCCGAGCAUGAGAAAUGGGACGAUGUUCAGCCCGUAUCGGCGCUCGCGGUCCUACCCUCCCAACCCGCACCUGCCACACCUCUACACACGUCUCCUCAACCAGCUUCAUCACUCCCACCGCCCAGGGGCCUUGCUCGCCUAUUGCCAUCACGCUUCAUCAAUCCUACGAAUGCAGCGGAAACGGAGAUGACAUCCCCGACAUCAUCAGCGCCGGCUGCGCCCACACCUGAGACGGUACAGGUUGCACUGCUCGUUGCUAUGCCCGAUGCUAGACGGGCUAACGCGGGCAGUACGAGUGAUGGGAGGACGCACGACGGAGAUGAAGAGCUGCCCGAGCUUGUCCUUGGUGUCAGGAAGGUCGAUUAUCGCGAUACCGUUAGGGCGUAG